AUGGAAUCGCCGCACUGCAUCCCCUUCGUCCAUCAGUCCGACGCCGAAUACAAAGAAGCCUUUGCCCUGUUCGACAAGAAGGGUACGGGCACCAUCUCCCGCGAAUCCCUUGGCGACCUCCUUCGUGCUCUCGGUCAAAACCCAACCCAGGCCGAAGUGGCCGACCUGGCCAACGCCGCACCCAAGGACAUCGACUACAACGCCUUCCUCAACAUCCUCAACCGACCGAACGGGUUCAAGCCCGCCGGAACGCCCGAGGAGUUCAUCCGCGGCUUCCAGGUGUUCGACAAGGACGGCAACGGCUUCAUCGGUGCAGGAGAGCUGCGAUACGUGCUGACGAGCUUGGGAGAGAAGUUGAGUGAUGAUGAGAUGGAUGAGCUGUUGAAGGGUGUUCAGGUGCAUCCCGACGGCAACAUCCACUACGAAUCCUUCGUUCGCCAGAUUCUCAGCCAGUAG